UCCAAAAUUCGACCCGAUUAGUUCUCAUUUUUCUAACAAUGUCAGAAAAAAGACUAUCAAUGGAGAUUCCUUAUAACAGUGAUGUAUACUUUCCAAAUGAACACUGAAUGAAGAUAGCUGAUUUUGAAGUUUAAGUAAAACCCUAGUUCAGAUUCUUCUUAAUCAGCAGAAAUGGAGACCGGAAGAAGCAGUGAGAGUCCAGAAGUACCCAAGAAGGGCAAAUCAAAAACCCCUCGAAAACCUAAAGAUAGCAUUCUCAAACAGAAGUCUCCCGCUGAGUUCUUUGCAGAUAACAAGAACAUUGCGGGUUUUGACAAUCCUGGGAAAUGUCUUUACACUACUGUGAGAGAACUUGUUGAGAAUGCACUUGAUUCUGCUGAAUCCAUCUCUGAACUUCCAGUUGUAGAGAUAACCAUUGAAGAGAUUGGUAGAAGUAAAUUUAAUUCCAUGAUUGGUCUGGCUGACCAUGAACGUAGAGAUGAAGCCCUAUAUGAUGAUUUUGAGACAGCAAAGGCUCGUGAGAAAAGACUUGCCAAGGAAGCUCGGGUUCUAGAGAUUCAAGCAAAGAAUGCUGCUCUUGGGAAGAAAGUAAAAGACCCCGCAGCUACAAAAGCAGCUAAGGGUAGGGAGGCAUCGUAUUAUAGGGUGACAUGCAAGGAUAAUGGAAGAGGAAUGCCACAUGAUGAUAUCCCGAAUAUGUUUGGACGAGUUUUGUCUGGAACAAAGUAUGGAUUGAAACAGACACGUGGGAAAUUUGGUCUUGGUGCAAAGAUGGCAUUGAUUUGGUCCAAGAUGAGUACAGGACUUCCCAUUGAGAUUACAUCUUCCAUGAACAGUCAAAAUUAUACCUCAUUCUGUAGGCUGGAUAUUGAUAUUCACAAGAAUGUUCCUCACAUUCAUAUACAUGAAAAACGGGAAAACAAAGAACGGUGGCAUGGUGCUGAAAUCCAGAUUGUUAUUGAAGGGAACUGGACAACGUACCGAUCCAAAAUAUUGCAUUAUAUGCGACAAAUGGCUGUCAUCACGCCCUAUGCCCAAUUCCUUUUCCAAUUCGUAUCAGAUUCUCCUGAGAAAAAUGUGACUAUAAGGUUCACCAGAAGAACAGACAUAAUGCCUUCAGUUCCUCUUGAGACCAAGUACCAUCCAUCUGCUGUGGACAUACUUCUUAUCAAACGGCUUAUAACGGAAACAUCAAAGCAAACUCUUUUGCAGUUCCUUCAGCAUGAAUUUGUAAACAUUGGGAAGUCUCAUGCGGAACGUUUAAUCGGGGAGAUGGGUCCAGAUUUUAGCCCAAAAAUGUCAGUUAAAUCUCUAACACCACAGCAAAUAGUUCGCAUCCAUCAGUUGUUUCGUCAAGCCAAAUUUGAUGAUCCCAGUGGUGAUAUUUUAAGUCCUGCUGGAGAAUAUAAUCUACGUCUUGGCAUUAUAAAGGAGCUGCACCCAGAUAUGGUUGCUACCUUUUCAGGAAGUGCUCAAGUAUUUGAAGGUCAUCCAUUCAUCGUGGAAGCUGGAGUUAGUGUUGGUGGGAAAGAUGUUAAACAAAUAUGCUCUCCUGUGAACCGAGCUGAUAAGAUAUCGAUUGCUUCGGUUUUCCGAGCAGUUUUGGUCGGACAUAUGAAUCUCUGCUGCAAAUAUUCCCCAUGGUCUUUGCCUUACUCCUCUGUAGCGCUUGUUCUCCAAGGUAUCUUUUGCUUUCUGAACAAAGUACUCUGUUGCUUACUCCAUUUUCCUGACAGGAGGUAUUGCAAAAGUCAAGGUAGGUUUCUUCAAUUGAAGCUUUUGUGCUUCAGGAAAAUUGAGCUUGUUAGAGGUCCAAUCUGGCAUUUUGCUUUGAUUUCAAUGAAAUCAAAUUCAGCUUGAAUUCUUGAAGUAGCUAGAGAAGUCAUGGGUCAAACUUUGAGUCGUUUUUGUGUAAAUGAAAGUGGGAUCAAAAGAGAAAGUAUGUUUCGAUAUUAGAAGCAAAAGAUUCCAAAAAAUUGGAUGCAAAUCUUUAGUUGGGGUGUUGCCAACAAGCCAGAGAGACAGCAACUGGAGAGACGAGAGAAAAGAGAAAUGUGCGCUGAGGUGAAAUGGUGAAUGGCUCAACCCGGAAUCCCUAGCCCUUAUUUGUAUAAUGGUCUGGUUCGAUUAAAAAAUUGGGAUACUUGACCACCUAAUUAUUAUCGAUAAGUAUAUAAAUUAGCUCAGUAUCCUGAAACAUUUUCCCGAAUACCUAGACUUUUUAACCGAUAUGACUUUUUCAGUUUGGUAUUUCGGGUACAACUGAGAACAGCCCUAAAUUGAUUUUUUGAAAGAACCUGAUCAAAUGAUUGUGGAAGCACUAUAUGAUAGCCAAAUUCUUUUUCUUUGUUAUGAGCUUGACAUUACUAAAUGGUGAGGCUUUGGAGGGAAUCACCUGGUGUUAAUGAUAUAUUUCCUAGGAGCUAUAACAAGUAAUUUUUAGGCACAUCCUCUGCUCUUCCCAUAUCUGUGUAAUAAAUAGAUGAACUUCUGUUUGUUGGAUGAUUAGUGUUUCUUUUCUUUUUCUAAUAACUGAUCAGUGGAAAAGAAAGAGGAAAAGAGAAGCAACUGUCACUGGAAAUUUCUAAUCCAUAAAACUUUUGUUGCUUCUCUUAGCUUAUUGCCUCAUGACGCAGUUGGUCUUAGUCCAAUUGUUACAACUUUUUUGUCUUCUAAACUUAUUGAUCUCAUAUUGUUGCACUGACUAUGCUUGACUAAAUUUUAGGGGCUGAAUGUUUUCCGAUUUGCUAAUCGGAUUCCACUUCUUUUUGAGCAAGGUGCUGAUGUUGUUACCAGGA